AUGGACGGCGCCCAUGGCUAUCAGAACUCUGGGGACUUUCACUUCCAGAAACCGCCAAAGACUCCCGAACCAGAGACUCCAACCGUAGGUCCCUUGCGCAUCCACAAAGUCAACCACUCAGCCUCGACCACUUCAACCACGUCGAGUCCCUCGAGAACAUCGUCUGAAGAAGCCGAGGUUGAUGGCACCUCGCAGACCAGAUUCAGAAGUCCACCAUACCCCGAUGACCGUCCUCGCCCUCUACACGCUGCUGCCGGCGCACAACGUCAAGGCACACCAGAAGUGAAAUCUCCAACUAUGCGCCGUCAGUCCUCGGCCCGUGCCAAAUUUGGUGCACACGAUCCGAACCGUCCUACUGUCUCUGGCUACGCUGGGACUCCACCACCCUCCCUCACCCCAGGAGUGAUUGGAGACAGAGACAAACUUGUACCAGAAGUACCGGGAAAAGAAAAAGCGGUUGACGAUGAUGACGACGGCCUGUUCCAAAGGCUUCCACCAAAGCCGACUAUGCCAGCAGUACCUGUGGGAGAUGAGGGAUUGGCACAGUCUACCUUUCAGCAAUAUUACCCACCUCCCACAGCUGCCACACUACAGCCUCCUAGUGCUGGUGUGAAUCGGUUGAGCUCAAGCGCAUCCACAUCUACGACACGCGCUCAGAGAGGUUCGCCUCCUCCGCCCGAGACGCCUAUCCUUGGUAGACCGGUUGGAACCUUUGACACAGCAUAUCCAUAUGCCCAGACCGCCGCUGCCUCACGUACCAACCAGUAUGCCAAUCCUGCUGCUCGUCCCCCAACCAUGUCGCCCUCUCAGCACCCAGUCGAAGUUCCUCGACCGUGGACACCAACUGAACAACCUGGUAGCUACCCACAUGGUCCCCCAGUCGCUUUCCAAGGCGACACUGAAGUCCCACCAGCAACAAACUACCAGAAUCCCACCAUUGCAUCCUAUCAGAGUCCACCUCAGCCAAGCCAGAACCGAGGAUACCAGGGAUCGCCCUUUCACCCUACUCAGCAGUUUGUUACGCCACCCGUCCCACAAUUCGGAGUCCCCAUCACACAAUCGUCAUCUCCUGCUCAGCCUGCGCAAUACUUGCAAUCGCCUCAGAACAAUCAGCCUGGUUCACGCAUGUCCUUUUCACCUCAAACGCAUCCCUUGGAGCAGGACAUACAGCGAUUACAAGUAGGUGACGAGCCUCCACCUGCAUACUCGAGCGUUUCCCAGCAGAGAUUGUUCUCUGGGGCCGCUUCUCAGGCUUAUCUCAAUGACAAACGCUUGAGCAAUGCUUCGCUACCUAGCACCGCUUCGUCCUCGCAAGACCCAAACGUACGCAGACAUCCAGCAUUUGCCAAUGAUUUGAGCCAGCCUGUCGUACAGCAGCCGGUAGUGCAACAGCCUGUCGCCUCGACCCAACAUACAGCCCUCACCCCUAUCCAAAUAACGUCGCCAAGUCCAGGAGCUAGCAUAACGCCAGCAUCCCCUCCACCACUUCCUGAAGGAUGGAUCGCUCAUUUGGAUCAAAACUCGGGUCAGUAUUACUACAUCCAUCUACCAACCCAGUCGACUCAGUGGGAGUUUCCCAAGGGUCCGACACCUUUGAAUCUCCAGGAACCACUCUCACCAACUGGCACCUUCGCGAAUCCGAUGGCUUCGCCGGCAAUGAAUGCUUUCAACCAGCCCUUGGCGUCUCCUGGUUUUCCUCCACAAACUGCUUCUUAUCAUCGUGACAGCAUAAUGAGCAUGAACAACCUUGCAAGUCCCACAGUCGCUGGCUUCACUGGUCCGCCUCCCACUGCAGGUGUUGACAUGUACAAGGUUGUGCCUACCAAUGGUGUAUACUUUGGCCCAUAUCUGCGCUACACUAACAUAGAUCUCGAGAGAGGUCUCUGGCUCGGCUCUAUCCUCCUGGUUACAGAUAUGCCUCAGCCACCCACUAUUCACAUUCAUCAGACUACUGACUUAUCUCCCAAUCCUCGUCAGCUGAAGGCAAAUCCGAUCUAUCAGCAUCAACGUUGGACAUUUUACCGGUACGAUGUUGACUUGGUCAUGGACGACCAAGAUACCAAAUGGACGUAUGCCAUUACAUCGCACCUCGGAUGUACCAGAUACGAGUUUCUCGUCGCCGGCCGCUAUGAGACGAGCUGGCGCUUCGUCUCUCAUUCAGGCAACGACUUUGCAUUGAACGUCAGUGCCAAUGAAAGAGCCAGGCUCGGGGGCAUCGGCCCUAUGUGGAAAGACGUCUUGCAAAAGCACGUCGAAUGUGGUGGCUUUCACGCUCAGCUAGGUCUCGGUGGUCAAAUAUUCGGCGAUCGUCUAUGGAAGGAAGUCCCCACUCUCAGACAGUGGACUGCCAUGAGCGGCAAAGAGAAUCGCAAGAACGAGGCUUGGUCUGCGAAACUCGAAGAUGACGUGUCUCACGCAUAUUUUCACUACUACUCCAGCCACUUCGACCAGCCUCAUGUGCGAGAAGCAUUCGCACAGAUACCACAUGUUCUUACUCUGGACGACAACGACAUUUUCGACGGCUACGGGUCCUAUCCCGAAUAUAUGCAACAGUCCAAUAUGUUCAAAAAUAUCGGCCGCAUUGGCAUUGACAUGUAUCUCCUGUUUCAGCACCACACGACACAUGAGAUCCUCCGCAAUGUUUCAGGUGAACUAGAUCUGUUCACCGUCACUGGUACUGGCUGGCACUUCAUCAAGUAUCUGGGCCCAGCUGUAGUAGUUGUCGGUCCGGACACUCGCUCUGAGAGGGAUUCUCACAGAGUCAUGGCUGGUCCUACCUAUCAGGGACUGUUCCCGAAGGUUGCAACACUGCCGCCUAGUGUGCAGCAUUGUAUUUGGAUGAUACCAGUACCUCUCCUCUACCCCAGGCUGGAGACCGCAGAGCAUAUAGCACACACCAUGGCAACCGGCAAGAAAGCUGUCACCGGCACGUUUAACAUGUUGGGUCGAAUGACAAGUUCGGUUGCGGGCGUUGUCGGCGCUAAGGGCGUCGUCGGCGAUGGCUUCAGCUCAAUCAAGAAGGCAGUGGGAAAGUCUGGCCUUAUGAGUAGUGUUCUGAGUCCUUUCGGAGAAAUCGAUAUGCUUGACGAGCUGCGUGAUAUGUGGACUCACGAAUCAAAGGAUCUGGAGCGAACAUACAUGAUACGUACGCUGCAAGGCAUUGCGCACAACAAGUCACUGCGCAUGACCUUUUUGUCUGGCAGCACAAAUGCAUGUGGAGCUGCUCUCGUUCACGACCCAUCACACCCUGGAGAUCACAAGACCAUGUAUCAAAUCAUUACAUCGUCAAUCGUCAACGCACCUCCACCAUCUUACGUCCUCCGUCUACUGAACAGCAAUCCAAAGCAACCAAUUUACAUACCUCAGAAUGGUCAACGCAGCGCUGGACCACAUCAAACACCACAAACAGUCGAUACACAGGAAGAAAUGAUGGAGAUCUUUGUGGCUGAUGUUAACGGCACACCUCGCGAAAUGAAGCGUCUCAUGGGUCGCAGAAACUACGUCGCAAUGGUCGCCUAUGAUCCUGAAAACGUACGUGGAUCUCAUGGUUCAAUUGCACCCAAUGGCAAGACCACGAGUCGUCUCAGUCUUGCUGCCGACUUUAUGGUUCAGAAUGAGGGCGCGUAUGCGGCGCCUGUUAAGUACGGCCCUGUCAUCAUACCCAGCCUGGAGUUUGGUAGAUGA